CCGCCUCAACUGCUGACUUCCUGGUCACAGCGGGCGUCGGCAAGGGUAGCAGGCCACCGCGGCUGCGAGCCCCAGAGCCAUGGGGCAGGCGCGGGAUGCCAUCCUGGACGCUCUUGAAAACUUGACCCCGGAGGAGUUCAAAAAGUUCAAGAUGAAGCUGCAGUCAGUGCCGCUGCGCCAGGGCUAUGGACGCAUCCCGCGGGGGCCCCUGCAGCAGAUGGACGCCAUAGACCUCACUGACAAGCUUGUCAGCUUCUACCUGGAAGCUUAUGGCGCCGAGCUCACAAUGACUGUGCUUAGAGAGAUGGGCAUGCGGGAGCAGGCUGAGCAACUGCAAACGGUCAUUCAGAGAGAGUCUGGAGCUGCGGCAGCUGCAACCAGUGCCUCUCCUCAAACGGCAGCCAGGACAGUACACUUCAUUGACCAGCACAGACAAGCACUGAUCGGCAGGGUCACGGACGUGGACGCCCUGCUCGACGCCCUGUUUGGCAGUGUGCUGACUGAAGAACAGUACCAGGCAGUUCGAGCGGAGACCACCAACCCGAACAAGAUGAGGAAGCUCUUCAGCUUCACUCCAGCCUGGGACCUGGCCUGCAAGGACUUACUCCUCAAGGCCCUGAGGGAAACACUGCCCUACUUAGUGGCGGACCUGGAGAAGAGCUGAGGUAUUUUCUCCAGCUACAGCUCCUAACUCUGAAUACACAAAUUUUUAAAAAAUCAGUUAGUACUGUU